AUGGAAGAUUCCCACAAGAGUAACACUUCAGAGACAGCACCUCAGCCUGGUUCAACAGUCCAAGGAGCUCAUAUUUCUCAUAUUGCUCAACAGGUAUCGUCUUUAUCAGAAAGUGAAGAAUCUCAGGACUCUUCUGAUAGCAUCGGCUCCUCACAGAAAGCCCACGGGAUCCUAGCCAGACGUCCAUCUUAUAGAAAAAUUUUGAAAGAUCUAUCUUCUGAAGAUACACGGGGCAGAAAAGGAGACGGAGAAAAUCCUGGAGUUUCUGCUGUCACUCCUAUGUCUGUUCCAACUUCCAUCUAUCAGACUAGCACCGGACAGUACAUUGCCAUUGCCCCCAAUGGAGCCUUACAGCUGGCCAGUCCAGGCACAGAUGGAGUACAGGGACUUCAGACACUAACCAUGACAAAUUCAGGCAGUACUCAACAAGGUGCAACAAUUCUCCAGUAUGCACAGACCUCUGAUGGACAGCAAAUACUUGUGCCCAGCAACCAGGUGGUUGUACAAACUGCCUCAGGAGAUAUGCAGACAUAUCAGAUUCGUACCACACCAUCAGCAGCUUCGCUGCCACAGACUGUGGUGAUGACAUCUCCUGUGAGUCUUACGUCUCCGACAACUAAGACAGAUGACCCCCAGUUGAAAAGAGAAAUAAGGUUGAUGAAAAACAGAGAAGCUGCUCGAGAAUGUCGCAGAAAGAAGAAGGAAUAUGUGAAAUGCCUAGAAAAUCGAGUUGCAGUCCUGGAAAAUCAAAAUAAAACUCUAAUAGAAGAGUUAAAAACUUUGAAGGAUCUUUAUUCCCAUAAAAGUGUUUGA